UGUCCCAUUUUAUGCAGCCUUCAGAAAGAGAACAAGUAGCGAUCUAAAAGAUCAAAUAUUUUCAAUUUAUUUCAAUUUUAUAUUCAGAAACACUUUUCUGAAUAACUUUGAUCAGGUCCCAGAUUGCCUUCGAUCAUAAAAGCAAAGUGCAUCCAUUGGUGUCUGACAGUGUAUGGGUUUAUCGCUUUCCUUGUUAUCCUCAGCCUGGAAAGAGAUUGUAAGGCACAGCAUGUUUGCUUUGGCCUACGACAUGUGUUUGAGCCCUAAACGUGAUGGUGUAACUUCGAGAUCACAUAGCUUUAAGCUAAUAAAUACAGAAACCACGACCAAGCCGAUAAAGUCUAAUACGAAUAACAUUAAGAAUUCAAGAAAGUUGAAGUACUGUGCACCUGUAACAGUAUCGCUGGAGCAAUCUUUGUCAUUCAAGAGUUAUCUAGUUCAAGACAAGGGGGAAUUGGGUUUAAAUAGUUUCAAUGGAAGAGAUGGAUUGCUGCAGAAACAAGUGCCUGAAUUUUAUUUUUCACCGAGACCAGUAAGGGAGCUUGAAGCUGCUGCAGUUAAAGUUCAGAAGGUUUAUAAGAGCUACCGGACUAGAAGAAAUCUUGCAGAUUGUGCGGUUGUGGUUGAGGAGCUCUGGUGGAAGGCCUUGGAUUUUGCUGCUCUUGAGCGGAGUUCUGUGUCAUUCUUUAAUGAUGAGAAACCAGAAACUGCUGUUUCAAGGUGGGCAAGGGCUAGAACAAGGGCUGCCAAGGUGGGAAAAGGUUUAUCAAAGGAUGAGAAAGCUCAGAAGCUAGCCCUGCAACAUUGGCUUGAAGCUAUUGAUACACGCCAUCGAUAUGGUCAUAAUCUGCACUUUUACUAUGAUGUCUGGUUCAAAAGCGAGAGCAGCCAACCUUUUUUCUACUGGUUGGAUGUUGGAGACGGCAAAGAAGUAAAUCUAGAUAAAUGUCCCAGGCCCACUCUACUCCUUCAAUGCAUCAAAUAUCUUGGACCGAAAGAAAGGCAAGCGUAUGAAGUAAUAGUUGAAAAUGGGAAGCUUGUUUACAAGAAAAGCGGAAUGCCAGUGGAUACACAUGAAGGUUCCAAGUGGAUAUUUGUGCUUAGCACGGCGAGGGCCUUGUAUGUAGGGCAAAAGAAAAAGGGUAGGUUUCAACACUCUAGUUUUCUCGCCGGCGGCGCGACAACAGCCGCUGGAAGAUUGGUUGCACACGAUGGGAUUCUUGAGGCUAUAUGGCCAUACAGUGGACAUUACCACCCAACAGAAGAAAACUUCAAGGAAUUCAUAAGCUUUCUCCAGGAAAACCAUGUCGAUCUUACCAACGUUAAGUUUCAGUACAGAAUAGCUGAUGAGUGGUGUUGUUCCCUCUUAUCAUUUUGUAAACAGAGGUGUGCAAUUGAUGACGACAGUCCUUCAAUAAAGGCGACUGAAGAGGAACAGAAACCAGAGUCUAUGUCGGGCCCCGCUGAUGUCUCACAGUUGAACGAUGCAAAUGCAACCGAUCAUCUAGACGCUGCCGCCAUCAUAACCGUUGAUCUAGCAGACAACACCAUCACUAACAGUUCCAAUCCACCGGCUACUGUGUUUGACUUGACCGAACGAUUGUCAUGCAAUUGGACCACUGGGACUGGGGCCCGGAUUGGGUGUGUGCGGGACUAUCCCAAAGGACUACAAUCGAGAGCACUUGAACAGGUCAACCUGUCGCCUCGUGUGGCUCCUGGGCAUCUGGCUAACUAUGGUCCGGUCCCUUCUCCACGCCCUAGCCCUAAGGUCAGGGUCUCACCUAGGCUUGCAUACAUGGGAAUUCCCAGUCCAAGGACCCCAAUUGCUGUAGCUAACUAGGGCCUCAUUUCAUGUUCACCGAAGAAGAAGAUGACGGAGGGGAUUGAGGGGCUAACCGUAUUCUUUAGUCUCCAAGUUUUGGGGAUUUAAUCUUUCUUGAUUUAUUACUUCAUUUUGUUCCCCCUUCUUCUUUGAUGGCUUACUUGGGCCACGUUUUAAGUGUUUGGGUUUUGUAUGUCUUGUAAUCAAAGAGUUGGUGUAGUAUUUUUCAUUUUUUUUAGAUGCAUAUAAUCAAUUCAAUUUAUGAUUUAUUUAUUUAUUUAUUUUACUGUCU